AUGUCUGCCGACGACGGUUAUGCCCCCAAAUCUCCGGACCUCUCUUCUUUUUAUUCAAGUGGCCCCACUCAGGAAGAGCUCCAUCUUCCACAAUCAGAAAGUCACUUUAGCCCGACAUACGAAUAUAAAGUAGAGUCCCCGACCUACGCCAUAUCUGCCUCCUUUUCUUCUUACGUUCCCCCCUCUCUAAACUUUAACAACGUCAACCACGGUACAUCCGAUUCCGCAUACCAGCCAGAACUCGACUACCAGCAACGUUCUGCGCUACCAAGAACCGCAAGGCAGGAAUAUCCGCCGUACCCGUCACGACAUUCUUCUCUAAAGGACCACUACGUCCAUGCCACAACAGAUCAACGACUACCCCUGAAAAAUAGCUACGAGGAGGUUUUUGCCUAUUCGCGCCCGAACGAGCAACGCCAGUCUCGAGCGCAAACGUUGCCAUACAGUCAAGCUUAUGCAGAGCAAGUUACGCUCCCUAACGCGACUACGUACGACUCAACCUACACACCAACCUUAGGAACCGGUGCAUUAGAACAAACUUCUGCAUUUGGUGCUGCGCCCUUCAACACGAACAUGCCUCCACGCAAAGCCGCGCCGCCUGCGGCCCCCGCUAUCGACCCAUCACCUGUCCGAACCAAAUUUCCUACAGCCAGGAUCAAGCGUAUUAUGCAGGCUGAUGAGGAGGUUGGCAAGGUUGCUCAACAGACCCCGAUCGCUGUUGGGAAGGCUCUUGAACUUUUUAUGAUCCAGCUCGUGACAAAAAGUGCCGACGUUGCCAGAGAGAAGGGCUCGAAGAGAGUCACUGCGCCCAUGCUCAAGCAGGUUGUCGAGACCGAUGAGCAGUGGGAUUUUCUACGCGACAUUGUCAGUCGCGUCGAGCAUGAGAAGGAAGGCAGUAGAUCCAAGGCCAAGCAGGAGAGUUCGAGCGAGGAGGAGAUUGAGGAACCCAAAAAAAGAACACGCGGUGGCAGGAAAAAGAAGGCGACAUAG